AUUAACCAACCAGACCUGCAAGACCAAAAAAGCCCCAUAGAAAAGUCUCAGCUGUACAAGAGGCAAAAUAAUGACUACAUACACCUGGCAAGUAUGGGCCAUCUACAUCGUCUUAGUUGUAAAUUUCUCCAGAGAGCAAGAGACGAAGCAGACUUGUCCUUCCUGUGACACUACUGAAAUUUGCAACUGCUCUUCCAUGGGCUUGCACUUCAUUCCACCUGGGCUCACAGCCAAAACCACGGUGUUAAACCUGGCCCACAACAGGAUAAAGCACAUCCAAUCCCAGGACCUGUGGCAGGCUGUGAACCUGAGAGCCCUGCUGCUGCAGUCCAACAAAAUCAGCUCAAUAGAUGAGGAUUCGUUCCGCUCCCUUGGGAAACUGGAGCUCUUGGACUUGUCAAAUAACAGCUUGGCUCAUUUGUCCCCUGCGUGGUUUGGGCACCUCUUUUCACUCCAGCACCUCCACCUGCAAGGCAACUCCUACAGAGACCUGGGCCAAACCUCCCUGUUUUCUAACCUGAUGAACCUGAGCUCUCUCCACCUGGGCAACCCCUGGUUCUCCACAAUAAGGCAAGGGAACUUUGAGGGCGUUGUCCUUCUUGACAAGCUGUGGAUCGAUGGUGGCAACCUCAGCCAGUACGAGCCAGGAAGUUUGGAGCUGAUUAGGAGGAUAAAUCACAUGAUCAUAAACAUAAGAAAUAUUAGCAUAGUCUCAGCAAUUGUGAGGGACCUUCUGUACUCUGUCACUUGGUUAGAAGUGAGAAAAAUUGACCUCAACGAGCCUGCUGAAACACAACAAUUGAGAAUCAUGUCUAGCUCCUUUGCAAACAAAAUUUCCUUCAAAGAGACCUUAAUAACAGAUGCCACUGUUCCUGAGAUUAUCAGCAUUGUAGCAGACAUGCCAAAAUUAGAGGAGGUUGAGUUUAUAAACUGUAGACUGGUGGGAACUGGACGAUGGAAAAUGCAAAUUCAUGUAAAUCAAUCUCAGACUGUUAAAAUUCUGACAAUAGAGAAAUUAUCUAUAGAGCAAUUCUAUUUGUUUACAGAUCUUCAGAAUGUGGAAGGUCUAGUAAGCCUUCUUACCAAAGUCACUGUUGAAAACACCAAGGUCUUUUUGGUACCAUGCAGGCUUUCACAACAUCUUCGAUCAUUAGAGUAUCUUGACCUUAGUUCAAAUUUGCUUGGAGACCAGAGUUUGGAGCACUCAGCCUGUCAGGGUGGUUGGCCGUCACUUCAAACUCUAAAUUUAAGUCAGAACUCACUGAGUGACCUAGGAAUGACAGGUAAAAGUUUGUCUCAUCUGAAACACCUAGUUCUCCUAGACAUUAGCCAAAAUAAUUUUGGCGAUAUUCCAGAUGUGUGUGAAUGGCCAAAGACACUGAAAUAUUUAAACCUCUCCAGAACUCAAAUUCUUAAGGUAACGACUUGCAUUCCCCCAACGCUGGAAGUGUUGGAUGUUAGUGCGAACAACCUGAAGGAGUUUGGACUGCAGCUCCCGUUUCUGAAAGAGCUAUACCUUACCAGAAACCAGCUGAAGACCUUGCCUGAUGCAGCACCCAUCCCUAACUUAGUGGCCAUGUCAGUCAGAAGAAACAAGCUCAACAGUUUCUCCAAGGCAGAGCUCGAGUCCUUCAAGCACAUGGAGCUGCUGGAUGCCAGCAACAACAACUUCAUCUGCUCCUGUGAGUUCCUCUCCUUCAUCCACCACCAGGCAGGACUGGCACAGGUGCUGGUGGGGUGGCCAGACAAGUACGUGUGUGACUCUCCCCUGGCAGUGAGAGGGGCUCAGGUUGGAGCCGUGCACCUCUCGCUGAUGGAGUGCCACCGGUCCCUCAUUGUGUCGUUGAUCUGCACCCUGGUGUUCCUGGCCAUUCUCUCCCUCGUGGCUGUCGGCUACAAGUACCACAUGGUCUGGUACCUGAGAAUGACCUGGGCAUGGCUGCAAGCCAAGCGCAAGCCCAGGCGAGCUCCCCCAAAGGACCUCUGCUACGAUGCUUUUGUCUCCUACAGCGAGAAUGACUCGGACUGGGUGGAGAACGUCAUGGUGCGGGAGCUGGAGCAGGCCUGUCCCCCCUUUCGGCUCUGCCUCCACAAGCGGGACUUUGUGCCUGGGAAGUGGAUUGUGGACAACAUCAUCGACUCCAUCGAGAAGAGCCACAAAACGCUCUUUGUGCUGUCCGAGCACUUUGUGCAGAGCGAGUGGUGCAAAUACGAGCUGGACUUCUCGCACUUCCGCCUCUUUGAUGAGAACAACGAUGCAGCGAUUCUCAUCCUUCUGGAGCCCAUCCAGAGUCAAGCGAUACCCAAGAGGUUCUGCAAGCUGCGGAAGAUCAUGAACACCAAGACCUACCUGGAGUGGCCUCUUGAAGAAGAGCAACAAGCGAUGUUUUGGUUUAAUUUGAAAAUAGCUCUAAAAUCCUAGAGAGUGACAUUAAAGAAUAAUUAGGUAGUAAAUAUACUUUGGAUUUGUUUCCCUUUUGAUCUUAUCACCUAUCUAUAAUUUGAGAAUAGAGGGCUGAGCUACUGUAAAUUGUAUUACUUUCUUUUUGUAUCCUUGUACAUUACUUGUUUAUUGUAGCUGUGGCUAUGGAUUUUUGUACUGGUCUGGUCUGGAACAGAGUUAAUAUUCCUUGUAGUUUCUCCUUUGUUGUUGUGGUUUGGAUUUGUGACAAAAUCAGUGAUGAUUAUAGAGUGAUGUUUUAGUUAUUGCUGAAGAGAUCUUGCACAGCAUCAAGGCCUUUUCUGUUUUCAGUCUGUCUUGUUAGUGGGUUGGCUGGAGGUGCAUGGUGCUGGGAGGGGACACAGGUGGGACUGCAGAUCCCAGGUCUGAUCCCAUAUAAUGUCAUGCUUGGCAGUAAAAGUUAUGGGAAAAAAGGAAGAAGGGAGGACCUUUGGAGUUCAGGUGUUUGUCUUCCCAAGUAACUGUUAAGUUUGAUGGUGCCCCUGUUUUCUUGGAAAAGGCUAAACAUCUACCUGCUGGCAGGAAGCGGUGAACAAAUUCCUUGGUUUGCUUUUCUUGCAUGAAGCUUUUAACUUACCAACUGAAUUGUCUUUAUCUCAACCUAUGAGUUUUCUCACUUUUACCCUACUUAUUUCUCUGCCCUAUUCCACUGUAGGGGAAGUAAGCAAGCAUUUGUGUGGUGUUCAGCUGCCUUCUGGGGUUAAAACAUGACAAUAGUU